AUGGCAAUGCAAUUCACUGGUCUUCAGGUUGUAUCCUGGAUUCUUCUCCUUGUGGGAACUGGGAUGCUGGCAAUUUCAUUGAUAUCCGAUUUUUGGUCAAUUCAUGAGCCUCGCAGUCCAACUGAUAAUCUGGUUAUGAAUCGGGGCAUCUUGAAACAAUGUAUUAGCACUCGUCAGUAUGCGAGCUGCAGUUUUCGACUCUCCAGUAUGUUCAAGCAACUUCGAAACUACAUGGAAAGUUAUGAUGUGCUAACUGAGCGCACUACAUAUCAACAUCUCGCGACUCAAACUUUCGAAGUAGUUGUCGCACUUUUUAUUGUUAUUGCUGCCUUGAUAGCAGGCACUAUACUUUUCUUCGGGCCCUUCUGCUGCCAAAGGUGCAAGGCUUCAACCACACUUCUCUUAUUUUUAACAGGAGUGUUUGCCGGCUCGGGUUGCUUGAUCUAUCUGAAUGCAAAUCGCGAAGGAAAAACUUUUACACUGCAACAAAUGAUGAAUGACGUAUACCAGUACGACUAUGGGAGUCGUAAUAACACUCUUUCAUGGUCGUUCUAUUUGGCCGUUGCGAGCUCCGUUACAAUCUUAUUCUCUGCUCUCCUCCUAUGCGUAUCUUCCCGCGUUGACCCGGAUGUUGAAUUCGACAACGAGUCGACGACUGUGUGA